UCCGCCCGCACGAUCCACGGCAACAUCAAAUCCUCCAACAUCCUCCUCCGCUCCGAUCCCGACUCCGCCGCCCUCUCUGACUUCGCCCUCUACCCUCUCUUCUCCACCUCCUCCCCUCCCAACCGCGUCGCGGGAUACCGUGCCCCCGAGGUCCUCGAAACCCGUCGACCGACCCUCAAGUCCGACAUCUACAGCUUUGGAGUUGUGUUGCUAGAGCUAUUGACCGGUAAGGCCCCGAACCAGGCCUCGUUGGGGGAGGAAGGGAUCGAUUUGCCGAGAUGGGUGCAGUCGGUGGUGAGGGAGGAGUGGACGGCGGAGGUGUUCGAUGUUGAAUUGAUGAGGUUUCAGAAUAUUGAGGAGGAGAUGGUACAGUUGUUGCAAGUGGCGAUGGCGUGUGUGGCGACGAUGCCGGACUCGAGGAGAGGUCCAGAGGUGGGGGAGGUUGUGAGGAUGGUGGAGGAGAUUGUUAGCCGGACCGAGGGGGAGGAGGGUGUGAGGGGAUCAUCGGAUGAGCCGUCGUCGAAUAAGAGCGGGACAACGCCGCCGGCGGGCAGUACACCUUGAGUUAAAAAGGAAUGAAUUUGAAAAUUGUGCAUUUCUUGAUUUUUCUUAUUUUUUGGUUUUUUUUUAUUUUUAUUUUUGUGAAUUGAUUUGUGGGGGUGGACAAAAUGGGUGUGAGGAUUGGCCAAAAAAAUUAAGGUGGAUUAAUUUAUUUUAAUUUAGGACUGGGGGUUUUGAGAUGAAUCUCCCGUAAUUUGAAAUUA